CCCGACGAGAUAUGACUGGAGGACACGAGCACGUUCUCGAACGGUAAAGGCAGACGAUCCAGCUCCUGAAUUCAAAUUGAGAGAAUCAUACAAAUCAGGGCCAAUGCAAGCCGGCCGGUUCUUGAAGCAGAUUCAAGCCUAUAAAUCACGGUUUGAACCUUUAAUUCAUGCGGAGCAAGAAGCGGAAGAAGAAGUCAUCAAACGUCGUCUAUCGACAUGGUCGCUGCGGCGAUUGAAAGAGGAGGGAUAUUGUAUGACGGAUCUCAAGGGCUUUUGGCUUCUUAAGUCGAAGGAUGAUCGCUCUGUCGCUGGAUUCAGAUUGAGCCCUGGCGUCAGCUUGCCGCCGCAUGUUUUCACAUAUGGCUCGCAAGUAUUUGUUUCUCGACUGGAUCCUUUGAAGGACGAACCGCGAAGGGGGAGCGUAGUCAAGGUAAAACCCGAACAGAUUGACCUUGCCUUCGACGAAACAUUUGAUGAUCUUCCAAAGGACUUCUGGAGAUUGGACCUUGGCACAUCGAACAUCGCAUUUCAGCGAAUGUACGAUGCUAUAAACAAGCUUGCGAAAGAUCCAGAAAUGAUUGAGAAGGAUCCACAAAAUUUGUCGGACAACAAAAUGUACCGGCUUGAAGGCACAGGGCUUCGAGAUGUCUUGCUGAAGUCGUUCGCCGAGCCUAAAGAACUACAGCGACAGUCUCAUCACCUUCAAGAUCCAGGGGAACAGCAUUAUCUUAGUCAUGACCAGCUUGAACAUGACAGCAGGAUCGAUCAGGCAGGCGGUGCACUCAGUGAAAACCAGUUGAUUCAGAGUUGGGCGAGACGAUACCGACAACCUGAUCCCGUUGUGGUUGAGGGCGACCCUCCUUUGAAUCACCUGAAUGCGUCCCAAAUCCGAGCGAUGGCGAUGAUGAUUGGUGAACGAAUCAGUCUCAUUCAAGGUCCACCUGGCACAGGAAAGACAAAAACUAUCGUCGAGACUGUCAAGCUCUUGAAGGGUCACUUUGAAGUUCCGCACCCGAUUCUUGUGUGUACCUUCACGAACGUUGCAAUCGACAAUCUGCUAGAAGGCUUUGCGAAUGGCGGGUUGAAACCUCUCCGUGUUGGCAACGAAGGAAGCGCAAAACCUGAAUUACAGGAAUACAUGUUUGAUGAACAGUUCGAUGGACAUCCGAAGAAGGCGGCAGAACUUGACCCUCUCAUUAAAGAAUACGAGGAAUUAGACAGUAGGAUACGUAAACUUAGGAAGGAUAUAAAAGCCCUCGAAGAUGAAAAACCUACUAAUUGGAUAGAGAAGCGAGAAAACAUGAAACUUGAUAUGGAUAGAAAAUCUUAUCGAUCGUACAUUCUGAAAGCCCGGGCGCGUUUACUACGGGAAUCAAUUUUCUAUGAUAUUUGUACAAAAGCGGAUGUGAUUUGCACGACUAGCAUAAGGUCAGCAUCGUAUUAUCUACAGACCAUGGAUUUUCCUGUUGUCUUCUUGGACGAAGCAUCCAUGUCAACAGAACCUGCAUCUCUUAUUCCUUUAAUGAAAGGCUGCAAACACUUGGCGCUCAUCGGGGAUCACAAGCAGCUUCCGCCUGUUGUAGUGAGUCGAGACGCACAACAAGGCGAGCUAGAUGUUAGUCUUUUUGAACGGUUAAUAUCCGAAGGAGACGUUCCUUCAGUGAUGUUAGACGUGCAAUAUCGUAUGCAUCCCGGCAUCUCGAAGUUCCCUUCCAUGGAGUUUUAUGAUACCAUGCUUUUGGAUGGAACAGUUCACGCUGGGGAGGUUAUCCCUUCGCUGAUGCCACUUUCGUCUUCGCAUCUCGUUGCUCAUCCUGAGACUGGGCAUCGUCCUUCUGUUAUCUUUAUCGAUCAUGAGGGUCCCGAGGCAACGAAGAGCAGAAGUCGAGUAAACUGGACGGAGGGAUACAUCAUCUGCAGUAUCGUUGAAGAUCUUCUGCGAUUGAACCCAGACCUUCUCGGAGAAGAUAUAGGCGUCAUCGCACCGUACAAGUCACAAAUGAAUCUUCUAACCCGAUUGCUGAAGAAGGAUGAUGAGGUUCGCGAUCACUUCAAGGCUCAUCUAGGAGAUCGGGCGUUAGAGGUCCCGAACAUCGAAGUGAAGACUGUAGAUGGAUUUGAGGGCCGAGAGAAGCAAGCCAUUAUUUUCUCGACAGUUCGAAACAAUCAAUUCGGACACAUUGGAUUCCUUGCGGACCGACGACGGCUUAAUGUCGGAUUGACGCGUGCCAAACGUGCGUUGUUUGUCGUGGGCAGCAUGAGUACACUGGAGAGGGGGAAGUAUGGAUAUCGUUCAUCUAAUGUUGAUGUGCCUGAGCAGGAGUUUCGGACCGUAAGCAAGGGUGCGCUUGCGUGGCGGAAUUAUGCGCAGCACCUUGUAGAGCAGAAUCUGGUGUAUCGGUUAAGAGGCGACGACCUUGUAAAGGUCUUGCUGCCCUACACUUCAUUCGCUGACCGUGCAUUGAGAUAUUUUUGCUAAGGCCAAUGCUCUUUUCCUGCUGGUAUUAUUGUAGCCUAAAUUACUGCCCUUACCCGACUGUCCUUGUGUUAUUUGAUCUGACAUCAGCAAU